ACUCUCCUGGGUCCUGACUAACUUUGCCUCUUUGAAUGAUUCAUCCACUGAGGGCUGGUCUGUGGGGCUUCUGGCCUUGUUACCCUCGGCGGACUUGCAGCUAUUUUAGAAACUCUCAUCUCUCCACGGUCUUCGAACCAGUGACGUGUUGACUUUCCCCCUCUCGGAGUGGUCAAACACUUGUGACGGAUGGCUUAUUAAUCUAUGGACCUGGGCAUUCCUUCCCUGUUUGGAGAGGCUUUGUUUGAGCCAAUCAGGUUUGCCUGAAAAGACAGAGGAAAGGAUAGAAACAAAGCCCCUGCGUGUGACUCAGAGCACAGUGAAGACAUCAGAUUAGCUUCAGCAGUUUUGAGGGGAACUUGUGGUUGCUGCAUUUUUGUUGGUCAUCAGGAUAUGGAUCUAAAGAACACUGAACUAUCUGGACAAAAUCUAGAAAAGAUGGAGCAGGAUCUGUAGUUUGGAAGACUUUAAAGAGGAGUUUGUCGAGAUUAUAGAUAUGGAUAUAUUAAGAAACCACAAAAAUCCAUGGGUGCUGUAUGAGAUGGAAGUGCCACACAGCAGAUUUUGUGAUCCGGCCUGUGGAGUCAGUCCUGCAGAGAAACUGAGCCCUGAGCACCUGCAGCUCCUGAGAAAUGCAUUUACCUGUCCAAAAGCUGAAAUACAGAUGCACGAAAACAGGUCGGAUAGAAGAAGUGGAAGGAACAGAGGAGGAAAUGAAGAGCGUGGAAUAAAGUUUGACGAGUUUCGGGAGGUUCUGAGGUCUGUGAUUGGUCCAGAUAUUGAGGACAUAUGGGUUGAGAGAUUCUUCAGUGAGGUAGAUAUCAGUUGCACCGGGGUGGUGAAGUGGCAGCAGCUGUGUUCCUACCUGCUUCUGGAGUACACAGAGAGAGAGAGAGCCUCCAUCCCCAGAGCAGCUCUGCUGGACUCCCAACCGCAGAUCAAACACUGCUCUCACAACAAGCGAGAACCUACAGUGCGUGUGGUUGCUGUUUCCCAUCCUCCUCCACUCCGCUAUAUUAGUGUCAGUAAAGGGGGUCAGAUCACUGUCUGGAACAGCAGCCUACACAUCCUCAAAAGUCUAGGGCUUGCCGGAGACCCAACAGAGGAAGUGGCCAACACGAGGAGAUUCAGAGGCUGGACCACUGAUGCCAUCUAUAUGGGCAAUGUCCACAAGGUCGCCAUAGCAACCAACUGCAGGGACUUGCACUUUGUCAAUGUCUACACAGCCAGUGUAUUUGAAGAUGUCCAUCUGUUUGGGUUUCGUAGUGUCCCGACUGCUCUUUGUUACUGGUAUGACGUUCAGUGUCCAGAGCAGCCCUCUCUGCUGCUACUGGGGGAUGAAAAAGGAGGAGUCCACCUCAUGUGGUUCCUGAACCCGUCUAAAGGUCUGUUCAAGAAUCAUUCCAAGAAAGAGAACGGGCCACAGAGGAUCUUUUUCCCAGACCUGGGUGAACACAGAAACAUGGUCUCCUACCGUCACAUCCCCAACAUCCACCAGGAACCAAUCAACAGAGUGAUGUUUGACCCCGGCACCAACGUAAUCAUGACGUCAUCAGAAAGUGACACCACCUCUGUGGUCUUCAUUAAUGUGACACUGAAGCAGGAGCCUUAUGUUUGGAAAUUUAAGCAGGGAGCUAAAUGUUUUGACUAUAAUGCAUCUCUGCAGCUGAUGGUCACAGGAGGUUGUGACCGAGCAGUCCGACUGUGGACUCGAUUUGUGACCACACGUCCUGUAGCUACACUGCUGGGUCAUCUCACCACUGUGUUGGAUGUUGCAAUCUAUCAACCUGUUGGGCAAAUCUUCAGCUACUCCAGAGACGCUGAGCUGAGGGUUUGGGACAUUUCCAGCCAUCACUGUCUGAAAACCGUCUGCCUGCAGUUCCCCUGCCAGCAACCGGGUCGAAUCCCAGAACAUGGCAACUUCCCCUUCCUGUUGGUGAGCACUCCUCUUUCUGAGCCGUCUCAUUUAGUGGUGGGAUGCAAAGAUUACCUGGCGCUGCUCAGUCUGGCUGAAACAAGAAGAGGAGGGGGCGGAUUGUUGACGGAUGAAGGAAGGGAACCUGGACCAAAUAUUGGAAGUGGCCCUGCCCUUUCCUGCGCUCUGUACAACUCCGCUCUGAGACAGGUGGUGACUGGACACGCAGACUCAUCCGUGUCUCUGUGGGACGUAGAGUCGGGGAGGAGGCGGCUUCAGAUCUUGAAUGCACACGGAGAAGAAGAACUCACCUGCAUGGCCCUAGACUCCUCCCACAGAAGACUGAUCACUGGGGCUCGCAAUGGCACCAUAAAGGUGUGGAACUUACUUAACGGCCUAAACUUGCACAAACUGGAGCCCGUCACCAACUCUGAAGUCACCGGGUUGACCUGUCUCCAUGACAACCAGCUGCUGGCCGUGGGUUGGAGCCAGCGGCUCGCUCAGUACGACAUUGCAGCUGCCAAGGAUUUGUAUGUGAGAGCAGACAUGUCGUGGAAGUCCAGCAGUGUCCACAAAUCAGACAUCCUGGCUGUGUGUCAGUGCUCUGCCCUGGGGGUUGUUGCCACAGCGAGCCAUGAUGGAGAGGUCAUCAUCUGGAGGCUGGAGACGCAGGGACCAGUGCUCCACCUGCACGGGCCGACACAGAGAGGAGUGGUGCCCCCUGUGGACAGCCUCUUGUUUCUGCAGCACCGAGCUAGCAACAGAAAGCUGAGAAACAGAGGUGUCCUGGUGUCAUCGCAGGCCGGCUGUCUCUGCUUUUGGAGCAUCACCGGACAGACGCACACUUAUGGCCAAUUCUAUGCUCCAGAGCAGCCAGGUGAGCGUGUGUUGAGCCUGAGCUCAGACCAGCCUAAAAACACCAUCCUGGUCUCUGGAGACACAACAGGCUGGCUUCAGAUCUGGGACAUCUGUCACUUUGCACUGGACAUCCAACACGAGCCAGUUUGUGAGCGGCCUCCUCUGCUGCAGUGUUGGAAGGCUCAUACGAGAGCGUUAGUGAACGUGGAAGUCCUCGAGGUGGGUGACAGAUUGUUUGUCCUCACAGCCUCAGCUGACGGAUCUGCUGGACUAUGGACUGUGGACGGUGAUCAUGUGGGUUCUUUUGGGCAGGAAGUGAUGUGGAAUAUCACCAGUACGUACCAGAAGGUGACGCUCCGUCCUCUUGUUACACCUAGAGAAAAUGGCAAAAAUAAGUGGAAACGGUGA